AUGGAGAUUACUUUCUUGUCCACCGAUCUUAAGGCGCCUAUGAUGACAAUGAGUUUGCCCUCUUCAACCCCAUGCAUUAAAGCGCUCUUAUCCUCUGAUGUUAUCAACGAUAACUGUUACCUUUCCGUGUUUCGAGAAAAUGGAGAAACUUUUGUUUUGCGAAUUUCUGAUUGGACUCAUCUCGCCCAUGCUAGUAAGGAAACUCUAACAAAAUGCUGCGAGUCGCUAAGCAGUGCUGAGACCCAAACAACAUUGUGCAAGUAUCCGCCAAGAAAUAUUAUAAACGUUAAAGACUCAGUGGUUGUGGUACCUGAAGGGAAAGUUCCCCUUCAAAUCUUAACAACGGGGUACUCUGAGUUUGACUCAUUAGGAGAUACUGAGACAGCGGAAUCUUAUGUGAGAGUGCGCAGCUGUUGCAAAGCCCGCUUCCUUGUGGGGCUUACGGCAGAAGGUUCUGUUACUAUAACCGAUCUAUGGACUUUUGCUACUGUACUCAGAAAAAACAUGAGAACAAACGCGAAUGAAGUCUUCUUUGAUUUUAUGUUUGUCGAUAAGCCUGCAAUCGGUCCAAAGAUCGGGACGAUUGCAGUUAUUGUACAAUGUGGAGAUCAUGUAGAGAUGCAAGUCCGUUCUAUGAAAACUCUCGAAGUGGCGUAUCGUGUCACGGUGGCGAAAGAAACUGCUCUCUUGCCAGUAUCUGAAACGGCUGAUCGUGUCAUCUUACUUGUGGAGCCAUUUGGAACAAAAGUUUUAAGUGAUGGAGAUACAGUGAAAGUGCGAGAAAUUGUUGAAUCUCAACCUGAAAUGAAAUUCCAAAGACUGAUAAGCAGAGGUCAGUUGGAUCAAGCAGAACAGUUUGCCAUACAAUUUGGUCUAGAUGUACAGAGAGUCCACGUAGCAAGAAUGGACUACCUUUUCACACAAGCAACUGUAAAUGGUUCCAACGAAGAUUUCGAGAAAUUGAUGAAGUCUUUUGAAGCCGUCAAGGAUCAUAACAUGGUAAAGAGAAUGUAUCUCUUUGUAGUCAAAUUACAGCUAGUUUUAUAGAC